UGAUCUUGUAUUUUCCUUUGGUUUCUGAGUUUUUUGUUUCUCAGACCAUCUCAGACCUUCUGAUUCACUCCUUUUGUUUCCUUUUUGUUCCUUUGGUUUGCUUUUCCAGCCCUGUCGCUGCUCUCCUUCUUCCUCCCGCGCUUCGCUUCCGCCGCAGUCGCCGUGGCCGCAGUCGCAUCCUCCUCUUCCUUUGUCGCUGCUGCUGUUGUCGCGCCGCAGUCCCUCCGUGUGCCCUCCCUCGCUGCUGCUCUCACUACUGCAAGUCGACCACGCGUUCUCCGCUCAAGCUCAUCCAUGUCGUCCUCCCCACCACCACCGCCGCUGUCGCCGCUGUCGCCGCCGCCGUCCAACACUCUCACUGAUACUGCCAAUAAUGCUCCUGUGCCAAUGACCACGGCGCCACUCGCCUCGUCUGCGGUCGUGGCUGCAAAGCGGUCGCACGAGGAGUCUGUUGCGACCGACGACGAUGCUGGCAGCAACACUGCGACCACCACGUCUGCCCAGCAGGCCGAUGAUGACACUCGUGAUGCAAAGCGCACACGCACAGAAGGCGCAGACGAAGCCAACGCGGAUGCAGCGACCGCCACCGCCUCGCCACCCGGUUCGCCAGGAUCGCCGGGAUCGCCUGCCGCUCGCCUCAAGCGCACCCGCAAGCAGGAGGCCGAGUUUGGCAAGCAGAAGCGCAUGCAGCCGCGCGACGAGCCCAGACCCAAGGGACCCGAUGGCGAGGACGACGGCGAAGGUGCCGAGGGCGUCUUUGACGAGAACGGCGUCCGCAUCCCGAAGCGCAAGGUUGCCAUGCUCGUGAGCUUUGUUGGAACACGGUACCGCGGCAUGCAGUACAAUGGCGACGUUCCGACCAUCGAGGGCGAGCUCCUCAAGGCAUUUGCCAAGUCGGGCACUGUGGCCGCAUGCAACGCCGACAUUCACAAAAUCAACUUUCAGCGAUGCGCUCGCACAGACACGGGAGUCUCGGCGAUCGGCCAAGUGAUUUCAUUCAAAAUGCUGAUGGUGCCCAACCCGAUCGAACGCAUCAACGAGCAGUUGCCUCAUGAUAUCCGAGCACAUGGCUAUGCGCGUGUCGCAGGUAGCUUCAACGCCCGGACAGCUUGCACGAGUCGUGUGUAUUCCUACACUUUGCCAACGUUUGCAUUUGCUCCAUACAAGAGCAUGACUUGGGACUACCGCAUCGACGCCGCGACGCUGCAAAAAGUGCGCGACACGUUCGCCAAGUACACUGGCUCGCACCGCUUCCACAACUACACCAUCAAAGUCCGCAUUAACGAUGCGCAGGCCAUGCGUGUCAUGCAAUCCUGCACCGUCAACGAUCCGCUGCUGACACCCAUCGAUCGCGAGUGGCUCGCCGCGAAUCCAGAGCCCGUCUCGGCCGACCAGCCCGCUCCGGAGGGCUGCCCAGACCAUCUCACGCAUCUCGAGAUGGUCACAAUGGUCAUUGAAGGGCAGAGCUUCAUGUACAACCAAAUCCGCAAAAUGGUCGGCAUGGUGAUUGCCAUUGUGCGUGGUCAGAGCGAGACCUUCUCCAUUCCAAACUCGUUUACGCUGCCGCAAAUGGCUGUUCCGCGCGCGCCUGGGCUUGGCUUGGCACUCGAGCGCGUCAAGUUCCGCGAUUACGAGCGCAAGUUUGGCAAGUCUGAUGGGCACGGCUCUGUUCAUUUCGACAGCGCAAAUGCCGCGCUGGCCCAAUUCAAGUUUGACCUGGUGGAUCGCGAAGUGGUUUUGAAGGAAGCGCGUGAGGGUGUCAUGUACCACUGGCUGGAGGAGCUGUCGCGUGUGCGCGUCGGCGUUGACAAUCGACCCGAAAGCGAAGUUCCCGCCUACGUUGCUGCCCCAAGCUCGACCGAGAAUGGACGCUCUGGACGCCCCGGCCUUGGUAUCACUGAGAGCGCGAGCGACAACGAGCAAGAGACUGCCGAAUGACGAACUUUUUUUGUGGGGGGGGAGCUUUCUGGGCUUUUUGUUGAUGCAGUUAAUGAGUUGCGUGUCGAGAAGGCACAUGCAAUACAACACGGUUUUGCAUG